AACCUAUUCCAUCAUCCAUUCUCUUUCAACAACAAUGGCUUCCCCAACGCCUGUUUUGAAAGAUGAACUCGAUAUCGUCAUACCCACCAUUCGAAACCUAGAUUUCCUUGAGAUGUGGAGGCCAUUCUUCCAACCUUACCAUCUAAUCAUCGUACAAGAUGGUGACCCUUCGAAGGUCAUCAAAGUUCCCAAAGGCUUCGAUUAUGAACUCUACAACCGUAACGAUAUCAACAGAAUCCUUGGUCCUAAAGCUUCUUGUAUCUCCUUCAAGGAUUCUGCUUGUCGUUGCUUCGGUUACAUGGUCUCUAAGAAGAAAUACAUCUUCACCAUUGAUGACGAUUGCUUUGUUGCUAAAGAUCCAUCUGGCAACGAUAUCAAUGCCCUUGAACAACACAUCAAGAACCUCCUCACUCCAUCAACUCCAUUUUUCUUCAACACCCUUUACGAUCCAUACAGGGAAGGCACCGAUUUCGUCCGUGGUUACCCAUUUAGCCUCCGUGAAGGUGUGCCAACCGCCGUUUCCCAUGGUCUCUGGCUCAAUAUCCCCGAUUACGAUGCACCCACUCAGCUUGUCAAACCUCGCGAAAGGAACACUAGGUUUGUAGAUGCAGUUUUGACCAUACCAAAAGGAACCCUCUUCCCUAUGUGUGGAAUGAAUCUUGCUUUUGACCGUGAGCUCAUCGGCCCAGCAAUGUACUUCGGCCUUAUGGGUGACGGUCAGCCAAUUGGUCGCUACGACGACAUGUGGGCUGGCUGGUGCAUGAAGGUGAUCUGCGACCACUUGGGGUUGGGUGUGAAGACCGGUCUGCCAUACAUUUGGCACAGCAAGGCUAGCAAUCCAUUUGUGAACCUGAAAAAGGAGUACAAAGGUAUCUACUGGCAGGAGGAGUUGAUCCCAUUCUUCCAAGCCGCUACCCUGCCGAAAGAGUGCACCACGGUUCAGAGCUGCUACAAGGAACUAUCGAAGCAGGUCAAGGCUAAGCUCGGAAAGGUUGAUGAAUACUUCAUUAAGCUUUCGGACGCCAUGCUCACUUGGAUUGAAGCUUGGGAUGAGCUCAACCCAUCUGCCCCACUCCCCAAUGGCAAUGCCAAGUGAAACCUAUAGUUGCUGAUUGCUAGUGAUUUUUCGCUUAUGCGAAGAGAUUUAUUAGACCGACUACGGUAGACGGAGAUCGAAUUUAUUUAUAUUUGUUUUGGAGUUAUUUUUGUAAGCAGCAAUGGAGGAUAUUUAUUAGAUUUUGUGCUUCAUUUUUUGAGUAUGAGCUUAUUUUGAAAUGAUGUUGGUGAAACAUGGUGCAAUCUAUGAUAUAUAUGACCCACUUUUUUGAAGAAUUAA